UGUGUAGCUGCUGUAAACCUUUUCACCCAGCAGAUGGCGCGCUCCCUCCAUCUGUCAGCAGCUCUUUGCCAGGCUGCCACCUGAAGCGCAUUAACUCCAUGCUUGAUUGCACGCGCCGUGCUCCAUUUGCGCGCUCCGUGAUGAACGCAGUUGCCUACUCCAUCCGGACCGUGUUGUUUCUGUCUCUGCUCAGACCCGGGACUGGCUCUGUGAGAGCUGAACUUAACCUGAACCCGGCUGGUGUGCCGAAGCCUGGGAGUGUCUCGUGCUGCCUGUGACGUCGCCGCUCCUCAUCACAGGGCUGCGAGAGGCAAGGGAAAGCGCGCCCUUCUGUCAUUUAUUUGGAGCCAGCGGAACAUUUGAUGUGAGCAUGUGUAUUUAUGAUCAGUGACGACACUGAUCUGAGAGCAGCAAAGUCUGGACUAAGUUGAAAUCCUACCUGCAGGUGGUCGAACAUCCGCCUCUUGGGGGAAUUUACCGAAACUCCGUUAGAAUCAGCUUUUAGAACAACAGGAGCAGAGGAAGAGAGGACACUUCGGAUUUUCCCCCAUUGUUAUUUUCUAUGAAUGGCAGCGGUUGUAGAGACACGGCGGGAGAAUUAAGGGGAAAAUGUCCAAGUGAUGUGAAAAACUCCUGAACGCUGAAAACAUCUGGCUGACUCGGGAUACUGAGAGAGGAAACACCUGCUCCCUCUGCUGAGCUCAAAGGCUUUUGGAAGAAUGUGAAGCUGAAACUGCAGAGCUCUGAAGUUGUGCUCCAGUUAUGUUGACCACAGGGAUCAGUAAUAAACAAAAGACAUUGGUUCUGUAUGUGUAAGGCGGAUUGCUCACUAUCCAUGCUGUUCAUUUCCUGAUCACACAGUGGCACAUCACAGUUAACUGUGCCAUAGCUUCACUGAAGCUCCACUCACUCCAAAAUGGCUGAGGGUUGGAAACCAACCAUUUCUAGACGUUUCUUCUCACUGCUGUUGCUGAAGAGCUGCUGGCUACUAGGCUUAGCCUCCCAGAAGCCCACUGCACUGGCAAAUUUCCAACAGCCUAUCCAGGAGUACACCCACUCCAUUCGUCUUGAUGGUGACAUCAUCCUCGGCGGCUUAUUUCCCGUACAUGCCCGAGGGGAAAGGGGCGUCCCCUGUGGUGAGCUGAAGAAGGAGAAGGGAAUCCAUCGCCUGGAGGCAAUGCUGUUUGCUAUAGAUCUCAUCAACAAGGACCCGGACCUGUUGCCCAAUGUGACACUAGGAGCACGCAUUCUGGACACCUGUUCUCGCGACACCUAUGCCCUGGAGCAAUCACUAACAUUUGUCCAGGCGCUCAUUGAGAGGGAUAGCUCAGAUUUCCGCUGUACUAAUGGAGAACCAGCCAUCUUUGCCAAGCCAGAUAAAGUUGUUGGUGUCAUCGGGGCAUCAGCCAGUUCUGUGUCCAUCAUGGUUGCCAACAUUCUUCGACUGUUUAAGAUUCCUCAGAUCAGCUAUGCUUCCACUACCCCAGAACUCAGUGACAGCACACGCUAUGACUUCUUCUCUCGGGUGGUUCCACCUGACUCCUACCAGGCUCAGGCCAUGCUGGACAUUGUCACGGCGAUGGGCUGGAACUACGUGUCCACUCUGGCUUCUGAAGGAAACUAUGGCGAGAGCGGCGUUGAGGCCUUUGUCCAGAUCUCCAGAGAGUCCGGCGGUGUUUGUAUUGCUCAGUCCCUAAAGAUCCCUCGGGAGCCGAGACCUGGAGAGUUUGACAAGAUUGUUCUCCGACUGUUGGAGACACUUAACGCCCGCGCUGUCAUCAUGUUUGCCAAUGAGGAUGAUAUAAGACGAAUCCUGGAUGCAGCAAAACGCAACAACUUAACAGGACACUUUCUGUGGGUGGGCUCUGACAGCUGGGGCUCUAAGAUUUCUCCAGUGGUCCAGCAGGAGCAGGUGGCUGAAGGAGCUAUCACCAUCCUCCCAAAGAGGACGUCUGUGGAUGCUUUUGAUCGUUACUUCAAGAGCCGAUCUUUGUCCAACAACCGGAGGAAUGUGUGGUUUGCUGAGUUCUGGGAGGAAAACUUUGGCUGUAAGCUGGGGAUGCAUGGCAAGAAACCUGGCAGCCCAAAGAAGUGUACAGGGCUAGAGAAAGUUGGCCGUGACUCCAUCUAUGAGCAGGAAGGAAAGGUGCAGUUUGUGAUGGAUGCUGUUUUCGCCAUGGCGCACGCUCUGCACCACAUGCACCAUGAGCUCUGUGCUGGGCACCCCGGCCUGUGCCCGGAAAUGGCCAACAUUGAUGGCAAGGAGUUGUUAGCCCACAUCCAUGCUGUCAGCUUCAAUGGAAGUGCAGGGACUCCUGUGACCUUUAAUGAGAACGGUGAUGCUCCUGGACGCUACGACAUCUUCCAGUAUCAGAUCAACAACACGUCCACAGCAGAGUACAAAGUUAUUGGACACUGGACCAAUCAGCUGCAUCUUAAUAUGGAGGCCUUGCAGUGGGUUACUGAUGACUACAUCCUGCCAGCCUCUGUGUGUAGCCUCCCAUGUCGAACGGGCGAGCGGAAGAAGGUUGUGAAAGGCGUCUCGUGUUGCUGGCACUGUGAGCGCUGCGAAGGGUACCACUUCCAGGCCAGUGAGUUCACCUGUGAGCUGUGUUCCUAUGAAAUGAGACCCAACCAGAACCGUACUGCCUGCCAGCCUAUACCUAUCAUCAAGCUGGAGUGGUACUCACCCUGGGCACUGGUACCUGUCUUUAUCUCUGUUCUGGGUAUAAUUACCACAACGUUUGUCAUUGUGACUUUUGUCCGCUACAAUGACACACCCAUUGUGCGUGCCUCGGGUAGAGAGAUGAGCUACGUUCUGUUGACGGGUAUAUUCCUGUGCUACAUUGUUACCUUUCCUAUGAUCGCUGCCCCUGAUGUUGCUGUCUGCUCCCUCCGUCGCAUCUUCCUGGGCCUCGGCAUGUGCUUCAGCUACGCUGCACUGCUUACCAAGACCAACCGCAUUCACCGCAUCUUUGAGCAGGGAAAGAAAGCAGUGACAGCACCUCGCUUUAUCUCACCAGCCUCCCAACUGAUCAUAACCUCCUCACUCAUCUCAGUUCAGCUGCUGGGUGUCCUUGUGUGGUUUGCUGCUGACCCGCCGCACACCUUUGUGGACUAUGGGGAGCAGCGCACUCAGGAUCCUGGGAAUGCUCGUGGUGUCCUAAAGUGUGAUAUCUCUGAUCUGUCACUCAUCUGCUCAUUAGGAUAUAGCAUUCUCUUAAUGGUCACAUGUACUGUUUAUGCCAUCAAGACUCGCAGUGUGCCCGAGACAUUUAAUGAGGCCAAACCCAUUGGAUUCACUAUGUACACCACCUGCAUCAUCUGGCUUGCUUUCAUCCCCAUCUUCUUUGGCACAGCACAGUCAGAAGAAAGGAUGUACAUCCAGACGGCAACACUGACCAUCUCCCUCAGCCUCAGCGCAUCCGUCUCUCUGGGCAUGCUCUACAUGCCCAAGGUGUAUAUUAUCAUCUUCCACCCUGAGCAGAAUGUUCCCAAACGCAAGCACAGUUUCAAGGCCAUCGUAACAGCUGCCACUAUGACCACCAAGCUGUCGCAGCUGGCAGCUGAGCGCCCCAAUGGGGAAGUGAAGACAGAGUUGUGUGAGGGCGUGGAACCUAGUGUGCUGCCUACAAAAACCAGCUAUGUCAGCUACACCAACCAUGCCAUGUGAGGAAACACCUGAAACAAUGGUGUCCCUGAACAUUUACCCUGCAGACUUCUGUCAGACUCGGAGAUCAUUUCUCUGUACAGUCAGAUGGAUCAGCGAGCUGUAGUAUAAACUGCAGAGCUGUGUUGUUUUUCAUCUUACAGAAGGCACGGAGCUGUCAUCACUGCUGCACAACAUAAGAUGAUCACAGCAAAAUAAAUAAAAAUAAUAAUAAUAAUAGGAAACAAAACAAUUUAAGAAAUUGUGUGGACCAACCAUAUUUGUUGUUGUAUGUAAAAACAAAAAAACACAAAAAACUUGGUUGUGGUUGUGAAAACCUCUGAAUCUAAUGAAGUCUUAUGUUGUUUGUUACCUGACCCAUAGACUGAGAUGAGUGGCUAACUAAGUGUUCACUUUGGUUGUGAAAGGUCUAUAAAUGCUACUGUGUAAUUGAAGCAUGCCAUUUUAUACAAAUGAUCUAUUUCUAAUAAAGGAAUGUUUCACACA